UAGUAGCAGACUUCUCCAAGCGAGAGCGAAAACCCCUCUCUCACAGAGACUCAAGAAGAGCGAAGCAAUGUCUGCUUCCACCUGCUCGGCUGCCAAUCUGGGCGCCCUGCUCGGCUCCAUCUCUUCCACUAACAACCUCACAUCCGCCGCCGCGUCGUACAUCUGCAACCAGUUCGACGCAGUGUCCGGCCAGCUGGCGGACACCCGUUAUGCCGUCGACACGACCUACCUCCUCUUCUCCGCCUACCUUGUCUUCGCCAUGCAGCUCGGCUUCGCCAUGCUCUGCGCCGGCUCGGUCCGCGCCAAGAACACCAUGAACAUCAUGCUCACCAACGUCCUCGACGCGGCUGCGGGCGGUCUCUUCUACUACAUGUUCGGCUUCGCUUUUGCCUUCGGCUCCCCCGGCAACAAAUUCAUCGGCCGUCAGCACUUCGGCCUCAGGGACUUUCCAACCCCUACCUCCGAUUACAGCUUCUUCCUCUACCAGUGGGCCUUUGCGAUCGCAGCCGCUGGCAUCACCAGCGGCUCGAUCGCCGAACGGACUCAGUUCGUCGCGUAUCUCAUCUACUCCUCUUUUCUCACCGGCUUCGUCUACCCCGUCGUCUCCCAUUGGUUCUGGAACGCCGAUGGGUGGGCCAGCCCGGCCCGAUCUGAUGAUCUCCUCUUCGGAUCGGGCGUCAUCGAUUUCGCCGGAUCUGGUGUCGUCCACAUGGUCGGCGGGAUCGCCGGCCUGUGGGGAGCCCUCAUCGAGGGCCCCCGGAUCGGCCGAUUUGACCACUCCGGUCGGUCCGUCGCGCUGCGCGGUCACAGCGCUACGCUGGUCGUGCUUGGUACGUUCAUGCUCUGGUUCGGGUGGUAUGGGUUCAACCCUGGUUCCUUCCUGAAUAUCCUGAAAAACUACGGCGAGGCGGGGUUCUACUACGGGCAGUGGAGCGCAGUUGGGAGGACAGCUGUCACGACGACACUGGCCGGGUGUAUGGCCGCGCUGACGACUCUGUUCGGAAAGCGCCUGAUCUCCGGGCACUGGAACGUGAUGGACGUCUGCAACGGGCUGCUGGGCGGGUUCGCCGCUAUAACGUCGGGGUGCUCGGUCGUGGAGCCGUGGGCUGCGAUUAUCUGCGGGUUCGUAGCGGCUGCCGUUUUAAUCGGCUGCAACAAGCUCGCGGAGAAACUCAAGUACGACGACCCGCUUGAGGCCGCGCAGCUACACGGCGGGUGCGGCGCGUGGGGGAUCAUCUUCACGGCGCUCUUCGCCAAGAAGAAGUACGUUAACGAGGUUUACCCGGGGAAGCCAGACCGGCCGUACGGGCUCUUCAUGGGAGGGGGCGGCAGGUUGCUCGCGGCGCACGUUAUCCAGAUCCUCGUGAUAACGGGCUGGGUGAGCGUGUUGAUGGGGACGCUCUUCUUCGUGCUGCAUCGGCUCGGGCUGCUGAGGAUCUCGGCCGAGGACGAGAUGGCGGGCAUGGACCUGACGCGGCACGGCGGGUUUGCUUACGUGUACCAUGAAGAAGACGACACACAGAAGAACGGGUUCAUGCUCAAGAGCGCGCCUAUGCGCGUGGGACCCACCGCUGGCACACCCCCAGCCAAUCAGGUCUAGGGUUUUUCCUUUUCCUUUUCUUUUUUUUUUUAGUCGCUGGGAUAUAUAUAUGAAACGGUGCAUCCAAACCAUCCAUCUUUUGGGCCUUAUUGGACAAUUUCCAGUCGAUGACUUUGAUUCACGUGUGAACUAUUCCCCAUGAGAACUAGAUGGACGGUCGAAACGGCUCUGAUGUAUUCCUCUUGUGCAAGAUCUGCCGUAUAUUUUUUGGGGGGACAUUAUACUGUACGAUAAUAAUUUUAUUUUUGGGUGGUUGUUGGAUAGAUUAGGUUUUGAUUGGCUCGUGCUUGAAGUCUGCUUUGUUUUUUCUGUUUCUUUUUUUCCGGUCCUCGUGGAAGGAGGGCGAAAAGUCAUCUUAUCUUUU